GCCGUCUAGCGCACACAGAGCCGCGGCGUCGACCCGCCCAUGUCCCCUCGAUAGCACCCCCUGUUCUUUCCCAUCUCUCCAACUCUCCUUGCCCGGCUGCCCCACACCUCUGCUCUUCCCUCUCGCCUCCCGCCGUUACAGCUUGCAGCUCCAGCCCCAACCCCCGUCCCUCUCUCCCUGAGCCGUCGCCUUCGCCUUCGCUGCGAAAUCUAGGGUUUACGCCGCGCAUCGGGUACCGCGCACGCACCGACCGACCACCCGGCGGUCGGCGCCGCUACACGCGGGCUCGCUCUCAGGUGGUUGAGCGUGGCCGGAGAAGGGGAGGGGCGACACUGCUCGUGGGUGGGUCAGCCAGUGUGCCCCACGAGGAACGGCAAUCAUGUCGCAGACGAACUGGGAGGCGGAUAAGAUGCUGGAUGUGUACAUAUAUGACUAUUUUGUCAAGAGAAACCUGCAGGCAACCGCAAAGGCCUUCCAAGCAGAAGGCAAGGUCUCAUCAGAUCCAGUUGCUAUUGAUGCUCCUGGUGGCUUUCUCUUUGAGUGGUGGUCUGUAUUUUGGGAUAUAUUCAUAGCAAGAACAAAUGAGAAGCAUUCAGAUGUUGCAGCAUCAUAUAUCGAGGUAUGCAUGUGGACAUGCUAAACCAUGCUUUUCAUUCUUGCCUGUUACAGCCAGUUUUCAAAUGGAGUUACAGAAAUAAUCUGCCUUAACUUAUUUUUCUAAAUGGGGCGUGGUACCCUCUACAUUCUAUAUAUUUACAACAAAUCCUCUGUAGCAGCAGCGGCAACAACGCCAACAACAGACUUUUAGUGCUUGCAAGUUGGGGUAAGCUAGUGCUGAAACCCCAACUUUUUCAAGAAUAAAAACCUAAAAACUAUAUUAUUCUAGGGGAUCUAAAGACUACUCGUGGUUUAGGUAUGUGGAUAGUUAAUUUUCACGUGCUCUUAUCUAUGGACAAGUUUCUGGGUAUUAAUUGCACUCAAGUUCACUUGUACCACUGCCUCCUAUCAUCCUAUGCCAAGUUUGGUGCAAGGUUAUUAAAACGACAAAAUGUUGAAAUGUUCAUGGGUGGAGUUUUGACUUUUAAAUGUUUUAAACGAAGUUUAAACAUAGUUUUAAACAACAUAAGAAAAUAUCAAUAUAUCAUAAUUUCAGACAAUAAGAUGAAGUUAAAUAACAUAAUUUCAGACAAUAACAUAAGUUCACAUAAUAAUAUUGUGCAAAAUGACAUGUCCACAACCACAUCACCAGAAUAACACAAGUGCAACUAAGCAAGGGAGGGGAGGAGGAUGAGAGCGCUGCAGGGGACUAUGGGAGAUGAGCAUCUUCUUGAGAGCAUGGGUGGUGGGCACUGGCCGACGCUUGGCGGAGGAGGCGAGGCUGAGGAGGCAAGUAGGAGAGAUGGGCGCAGGUAGCGGAGCUAAGCAGGGGAGGCGAGGUCGCGGGGGGGGAGCAGGGGAUGCAGGGCCGCGGAGCCGAGCGGGGGAGCAGGGAGGCGGCAGACGAGCUCAUCGUCGUCGAGCUGAGAGCAGGGCAGCAGGCGAGGAGGACAGGCACCAGGUGGGCAAAGCACAGGGAGGCGGCUGAGAAGAGCAGGGCGCAAAGGUGGAGGCGUAUGUGGUGAUGCCUGAGGCCUGACGGUUUUAGGACUCAGCUAAUUAAAGCAAGGGAACAACAACACCAGCAGCCACCUCAACAACAGCAACAGCAGCAGCAAAUACAAAUGCAACAAAUGCUGUUACAUAGAGCUGCACAGCAGCAGCAACAGCAGCAGCGUAGAGAUGGUUCUCUUCUCAAUGCAAAAAUGUAUGAAGAGAGGUUAAAGCUCCCUCCCCAGCGGGAUUCUCUGGAUGAGGCGUCAAUAAAGUUGCAGCAAAGAUAUGGAGAAAAUGUGGGACAAGUAAUUGAUCCGAACCAAGCACUAUUGAAAGCAGCUGCAGCUGGACAAUCCUCUGGGCAAAUUUUGCAUGGGACUGCUAGUGGUUUGUCAGGUACUCCGCAACAAGUUCAGGCAAGAAGCCCACAACAACCACCUACAGCAGAACAGAAUAUCAGGACCGAGAUCAAUCCAGUGUUGACACCAAGAGCAGCAGGCACUGAGGGUUCAUUGAUUGGUAUCCAAGGAUCUAAUCAGGCUGGAAACAAUUUAACUCUGAAAGGCUGGCCGCUCACGGGACUUGAUCAUUUUCGCUCUGGAAUUCUGCAGCAGAAGCCAUUUAUGCAAUCUCCACAGCAAUUUCAGCAGCUCCAGUUUCUGACCCCACAGCAGCAGCAGCAGCUUUUGCUGCACGCUCAGCAAAAUCUGUCGUCCUCGAUGUCAAGCGAUGUUGAUACCAGGAGAUUAAGGAUGCUUCUUAACAACAGGAAUGUGGUCCUUGGACAGGAUGGGCAGACAAAUAGCGGCGGUGAUGUUAUCCCAAAUAUUGGUUCGCCAGGGCAAAGUGGUGGAUCGCGUAAUGAUAUAGAUAUACUAAUAAAGAAGAAAUUUGCUCUUCUACAGCAGCAGCAGCAGCAGCAAAGUCAUAGCCAGCAGCAGCAGCUUCAGCAACCUGCGCUCUCUGGACAGCAAUCUCAAAGUUCAAACCAGCUUCUCCAUCAGCAUGGAAAACCAGGAGUUGGGAGCUUGCCUAUUGAUGGAAACUUGCCAAACUCUUUUGGAUUUCCUGAACAAGGAUCAAAGAAGAGAAAGAAACCUGUCUCAUCCUCUGGUAGAGCUAAUAGUUCAGGAACAGCGAACACUGCUGGGCCAUCUCCUAGCUCUGCACCCUCAACACCAUCUACUCACACGCCAGGAGAUGCAAUGUCCAUUCCACAGCUGCAGUAUAAUGGUGGCCCUUCAAAACCAUUGAUGAUGUUUGGCUCUGAUGGCACUGGAAGCUUGACUUCUCCAGCAAACCCGCUGGGUGAUGUUGAACGUCUGUUGGAAGAUGGUUCCUUGGAUGAAAAUGUAGAAUCUUUUUUAUCGCAAGAUGACAUGGAUCCUCGAGAAACAAUGGGACGCUGCAUGGAUUCUAGUAAAGGGUUGGGUUUUACUGAGGUUGCAAAAGCCCGUGCGAGUACAAACAAAGUUGUUUGUUGCCAUUUCUCAUUGGAUGGGAAACUUCUUGCCACCGGAGGGCAUGAUAAAAAGGUCGUUUUAUGGUUUACAGAUGUGCUAAAACGUAAAUCCGCAUUAGAAGAGCACUCUUCCCUAAUUACAGAUGUCCGAUUCAGCCCUGGCAUGACCCGCCUUGCCACAUCUUCCUUUGACAAAACCGUGCGGGUUUGGGACGCUGACAAUCCAGAUUAUUCGCUACGCACUUUUACAGGUCAUUCAGCAUCUGUCAUGUCACUUGAUUUUCAUCCGAACAAAGAAGACAUCGUUUGUUCGUGUGAUAGUGAUGGUGAAGUGCGGUGUUGGAGCAUAAAUAAUGGUAGUUGUGUGACCUGCGUUAGGGUUUUCAAUGGAGGAGCUACUCGGUUAAGAUUUCAACCUCGCCAGGGUAAAUAUCUGGCAGCUGCCUCAGAAAAGGGAAUAUCCAUACUGGAUGCGGAGACAUUACAAGUUUGUAGAACUCCUUUGCAGGGCCACGUACAGAUUAUUCAGUCAGUAUGUUGGGAUGCCGCGGGCAACUAUCUGGCGUCUGUCAGUGAAGAUUCUGUCAGGGUGUGGUCAUUUACCUCAGGGAACUACAUCGAAUGCAUACAUGAGCUGAUCUGCAGCGGGAACAAGUUCCAUUCGUGUGUUUUUCACCCAAAUUACCCGAAUUUGCUUAUAAUCGGUUGUUAUGAGUCCCUAGAGCUUUGGGACAUAAGGGAGAAGAACACGGUGACAAUCAGCAACGCUCAUGACGGCAUGGUUGCUGCCCUAGCCGCGUCAAGUGCAUCGGGGCUGGUUGCAUCAGUGAGUCAUGAUCAGCUCGUUAAGCUCUGGAGGUGACACUGAACACAGCAACGCUCGUCUGUGUCAUUCUCAUUUCCAGUGUCGUGGCAAAAGCGAAAGGGCAGCUGAUCUGAUCUCCUAGGUUGAUUUGCGACUGUGGCAUGCGCAAACUAUUCAAAUAGUUGUCAGUAAUGUGCUUCCCUUAUUUCUUUGUUUGUUUAUCCAUGCCGGGUGAUACUAUGUUACAAUUUUAUCUAUUUAGAGAACUGCUAUUAUAAUUUGACCUCCCACUUAGGCCUAUUUGGCUACUCUAGUAUUUAUUCCAAUCCAUGUGUAUUGAAGUGGGUUAGGGUGUAAAUUAGUUUAAUUUAUACACAAUUCAACUCAAUACAUGUGGAUUUAGUUGAAUACUAGGGAUUAAUGUAAAUACUAUAGUAUCCAAAUAAAGUAGGCUUAUGUUCAUUUCA